AUGGGAGGUAUGGGUAAGACUACCCUUGCUAAAGUUGUAUUUCAAAAAUUAUCAAAUUCUCAAUCAUUCGAUUGUUGCUGUUUCCUUGAAGAUGUUAGAAAAAUACAUAAAGGACCCAACGGAUUAGAUCAUCCUACUAUUUUUCAGAGACUUCGAUGUGUAAAGGCACUUAUUGUUUCGGAUGAUGUGGAUAGGUCAAUCCAAUUAGAAGCUUUUAUUAAUGGAUGUUGCGUACUUGCUCCUGGAAGCAGAAUCAUUGUUACAACUAGAGAUGAGCAAGUGCUUAAGACAGCAACCGAUAGUAUUCACAAGGUUGAGAGGUUAAAUGACAUUGAAUCUCUUGAGCUCUUCCGAUUAUGUGCUUUUCGUGAAAACUCUCCAACAAUUGAUUAUGAAAUGGUGUUAGAGGCAACAACAUAUGCUUAUGGGAACCCACUAGCCCUUAAGGUCUUGGGCUCUUCCCUUUGCCGUAGACCUAAAGAUGAAUGGGAAAGUGUAUUAAAGAAGCUGAAAAAGAAUCAAAAUUUGGAAAUUAAAGAAUGUUUAAUUGAAGAUGAUGAAGGUAACGAGCUACAGAUGCAUGAUUUGCUGUGCCAAAUGGGUCAGGAAAUUGUAUGUGAUGAAGUUAAAGAACCUGGUAAACGCAGUAGGUUGUGCGAUGUUGUGGAAGGAACCGCAGCAGUUGAAGUCAUAUCAUUGGACAUGUUUGAAAUUGAAAAAAAUGUGAUAGUGCAUCCUGGAGCCUUCUCAAACAUGCGCAACCUACGACUUCUCAGAGUUUAUUAUGGCCGAUCCGAGGUUCUACCUCUCAUCGUGAGUCCCAACUUAUCAUUACUCUUGCCACUUAAGCUCUUCUCCGCAUCCUUAGCAACUAUCGCUGCUAUAACUUCCUUCACAUCCAAGCCAUAUAGCCAUUGCUUCAAAUUGAUGUGGUUCGGUAGUGAUUUAGCCAUGUACCUCUCUUCCAAAACUCUCCAAACAUCAGUCGCCGUUGUUUCCUUUGACACCUCUCUCAACACCUUGUCUCCAAGACCAAGAAUUAUUGAACUAUAUGCCUUUUUCAAUAAUUCCCUCCUCUUUCUAACAUCCAUUGUUUCCAGUAAAUGUUCCUCACCUUCUAAAGCCACAUCUAAUCCUUCCUUUAAUAAUACCGCCUUCAUUUUCAUCUUCCAAAGGCCAAAAGUAUUUGAGCUCGUGAAUUUCUCCACCUCAAACUUAGUGGACAUGGUCAAGUUUGCUUGGGUACACUACAAUCAACCUAGCUUCAGCCAAUGGGAGUCAUACCCUUCGAAAUCAUUGCCAUCACAAUUUAAUCCUGAGAAUCUUGUUGGACUUCUACUUCGUGGCAGCCAUGUUGAAAAGCUUUGGAAUACGCAUAAAUAUCUUCCAGUGUUAAGAAGGAUGGAUCUUAGUUUUUCCAAGUUCCUUACUCAAGUACCAAAUUUGACAUGGGCUCCUAAUUUGGAAAAGAUAAAUCCUAAAGGUUGUAUAAGCUUGGUUAUAAUGCCUAUUCCUCCACCUAAAGUUAUUGGGACUGGCCUGAUAUGGUUGUGGGAUUCCAUAUCAACAAUGCUUCUGGUUACGGCCUUGGUCUGCACACUAGUAGAUGCAGUCCGUGGAGUCACUGUCGUUCUGGAUACGGCCCAAGGGGCUAGCACCAUGAUAGAUAUGACUAAAGGUGCUACUGGAAUGGAUGCAGCCCUAAAGGCUGACAUUCCAAUAGGUGUUGAUAAGACUUGA